CAUUGUCAAAAUAUUCCUUCCCUAAAUUUUGACAUUGGAAAGAAACCCUUUUCCCCCCUCUCCGUUUCCAUGAUUCACAGACCAAAAUACUAAGCCUUUUUUCUGGGUUUGGCCUCUCAAACAGAAUAGAAAAAAUCAUUUCAUCUUUUGCAAACAAAGUGGAAGACAAAAAAAGGUAUAGAAAUGGUGAAGCCGUGUUGGAGACCCUGCAUUGAGGAUGACACGAUGGGGAGAUUGGAUGGAUUGGUGUGGCAUAAGGAUUUAGGAAGCCAUGCUUAUGGAGAAUUUUCCAUGGCUGUCAUUCAAGCCAACCGCAUGUGUGAAGAUUACAGCCAGCUUGAAUCUGGUCCUCUGAGUUCCUUCAUCUCCGGUGACCAUCCUCAGGGCACCUUCGCCGGCGUCUACGAUGGCCACGCCGGCUCCGAGGCUUCCAAAUUUGUCAGCCACAAUCUCUUUUUCAAUCUCAAAAUAUUUUGGCCUGUAGAUAUCGUGUCAGAGAGACGAGAAGUGUCGGAAUCGGUACUCAAGAAGGCAUUCUCGACGACGGAAGAAGAUUUUUUAUCAUUGGUGAAGAAGCAGUGGAUGAACAACCCCCAAAUCGCUUCGGUAGGGACGUGCUGCCUUGCCGGCGUUUUGCACGAUGGUGUGCUUUUCGUCGCCAAUGCCGGAGAUUCCAGGGCGGUGCUUGGAAGAGUGGAGAGAGGGAGUAAGAGAGCCUCGGCGGUACAGUUGUCCAACGAACAUAAUGUCAACAUCGCAUCCGUUAGAGAAGAGCUCUACGCUUUGCAUCCCGACGACUCUCAGGUUGUCAUCAUGAAGCAUAAGUGCUGGCGUGUUAGAGGCCUCAUUCAGGUGUCGAGAUCGAUUGGGGAUGUGUACCUAAAAAGGGCCGAGUUUCAAAGAGAGCCUCUGCUUCCCAAAUUCAGAUUAGCAGAAACAUUCGAGAAGCCGAUCCUAAAUUCAGAGCCGGAAGUGACCGUCCACAAGCUCCAGCCAGAGGACCAUUUUGUAAUUUUCGCAUCUGAUGGUUUGUGGGAGCAACUCAGCAACCAAGAAGCCGUCGACAUUGUCCACAACUUUCCUCGCAAUGGAAUCGCCAAAAGGUUACUGAAAGCUGCGCUGCAUGAAGCUGCGAAGAAGAGAGAGAUGAGAUACGCGGAUUUGAAGAAGAUCGAUCCAGGAGUCAGAAGACAUUUUCACGACGAUAUAACGUUGAUCAUUGUGUUUAUAGAUUCUCAUUUGGUUAGUAAGAGCCCUCUCCCGCCUUACUCGAUCAAAGGAGGUGUUUUCCCUCGUUAACACUUCAAGGCCAUGAAAGAGACGUUGUAGCCCUUUUCCUUCCAAUAGUCACUUUCUUGGAAAAAACAGAGCACUGUGUUUAGCGAGACAGUGUUCAAAGAAGAAUGGCAAAUAGUGAAAAUUCAAAGUUGAAGAUACGAUAUGGUAAAAUUGGCUAUAGAUAUGUGUGAUGGUAGUAGUAGUAGGCUAUAUUAGUAAUAGAGAUCCCGAAUUUGGAUCCUGUCGAGCCGGGAGUCUGUUAUAUCCUGAAUGUGUAAAAUCCGUAAUUGUAAAUUAGAUACUACCAGGAUGAAUACAUUUAUUUUUUUAAGAAAUUUAUGGUUUCAGGAAUACCACCGGCCAUUCUAAUUUGUGAACUUUAUUUUUUGAUAUAUUAUAAAAGUCAAUUCCAC